AUGCCAGCACAGCGCACGUUAUCUGUUUCGCGUGUCGAUCCGCAUUCGCGGACACCUUCACCAGAUUUAGGACGAAGAGGAACGCUUGAAGAGAUACAACCUUAUUCGCCGCCGGCAAGCCCAUCGAGCCCUGUUCCGGAAAAAUCUUCUUGGAGCUUAUUAAAAAAGCUUUUUAAAGAAAACAAAACUGGAAAUAACAAACCUAAAGAAGUCGAUGAUAUUGAGACAAGUGGGAAAAAAUCAAGACGAUUUUCUAUUGAUCACACGCGCGAUCUUAUCGUGUGUGAAAGUCCAAAGUUAUCGAGACGACGCGAUUCGUGCGUUGAAAGUCCGAAACUCACACGAAAACGCGAUUCGAAUAAAUCAACGAUUAAUCGGCAACGAAAAACUUCUUUGGGAGCAACAACAUCGAAAUCAAUGAGAAAGUUUUCAACCGCUAACACGCAAGAAAAUCUACUGCAUUUCGCAGUAUUGGAGAAGGAUAUAAUAACUUUAACAAAAAUACUCGACGCAAACAAAGUAGACAUUAACUUUAUGCGUCCUCCAGGAUUAUCCGCUUUGCACCAAGCUUGUGUUACUGGUGAUGUUAAAGUUAUAAAACUUUUAACACAACAUGGUGCAGACUUAAACUUAAAGACAUGGUCUGGAUUAUCACCCUUACAAAUAGCUACCUUAUUUGGUCAUUUUGAAGCAGCUCAACUUCUUAUUCAAGAAGGAGCCAACUCGAUAGAUGUACAAAAUGGAUUCACUCACGACUUGAAGUUGAUGUCGACUGUACUGGUCCGUUAA